AUGGCGCACAGCUAUCUCGACAGCGUGCACCUGCACCCGCUCACAUUCGCCCUCGCCGCGCUCGACAAGCUCUCAUCAGUCGAGUUGGCCCUCGUACAGUUCCACCUCGACAACGACGAGCCGGGCUUUGGGCAGGUCCUCACGAACGCGAGACGGAUCUGGGAGCAGCGUCGAUUGGAGGCCGUACAGCGCGGCGAGCUUCUCGAUGGUCGAGAGUCGCGACCUCCCUCUUCGCUCUCCUCGACCGGGUCGAAUGGCCUCGCAGCGCGACUGGAUCCUCCAGCAACACCGGCACCUGUUCCAAGCGAGUUCUUUCCUCUCGUCGAGACUCUUCGCAGACUGCAGCAGAAGCCGGGCGCGCGAGUCAUGGCGGCGAGUCUCGGAUCGACCAUGCGUGGCGCAUUCCGAGGCGUUCUGUCUUCGAAGUCUCGCUUUCAAACCUUCAAGGAGUACACGAUGGCUGCGGCCGCAGCGGGACUUGUCGAGACCGGGCGAGGGGAGAAACAGGGUCAAGAUUGGGUUCGCCUGCUCCCUCCGUACUCGCAGACGGCCAAGCCGCGACAGCCGUCUCUUCCGCCACGCCCAGCAUCCACGACAUCAGCGUCUCAUCCAACGCAUCCUUCCCCUCUUCCUCCCGACCUCUUCCACCUCGCCUCCCUCGAGUUCUCCUUCUCCCCCGACGACCUCGCAUCUCUCCCUUCACACCAGCUCAUCCUUCUGCAGUUCCGCAAAGAUCCGUCGGCGCUCUCUGUCCCAUUUCGUGACGUCGAGCGAGUCUUCUGGCGUCGUCGCGCGGAGGCAAAGGCUCGAGGCGAGACCUGGCGGGAUCCGACAGCGGCAAAGGCGGUUUCUCCCCUUGCGAUCCCGUCAACGCUAGAGUCGCCCACGAGUCCACCUCUUGCCGAGCGUCUUCCAGACCGCGUCGCAUCGUCUCUCGUCAAUCUCGACCUCACCGGCCUUCCUCUUCACCUGCUCGGCUCGGUCGCCGGCCUCAUCGGUCUCCUCCCGCCCCAAACGCCCUGCAUUGCGGCAGGCUUCUUCGACCGCGCUACACCCCUUGAGUCACUCCGAGCGUGUCUCGCAUUCCGCACCGAAGCUCUCGCCGACGAAGUCGCCGCGCAGAUCGCCAGCUUGCCUCCUCAGCCGGAUGGGUUGCAGAUUAUCGCGUCGCGCUCUUCGGAAUUGCCGGAGUGGCGAUGGCGCAACGUCGUUCCCCGGGAGCGCGAGCCGCUUUGGCGCGAGUACAGGCUGUGGCAGGACCUCGUGCAGGGGAAGAAGCGGCGGGAAUCGAGCGCUCAUCCCGCAGGCGACGAUCGCCAGAAGCGCCGCAAGUCGGAGAUCCCGGCGACUGACAGGCUGCCGCGGGUUGUGCGAGCUUCCGACCGCGUUCCGCUCGAUCGCCUCGAGUCGCUCUAUCCGCUCGAGAUCAGCAUGGACAAGCCGGCGAAGGACUUGACGAAUCGCGCUGCUGCCGAUGAUGCCUUCGUCUGGCGCUUCGGCGCUACCGCGUGGAAGGACGAGUCGCGCACCUCCGGGAAGUACUACCACUUGCUUUUCCAGAGUCACCGCGAGCGCGAAGCGUUCGCGCACUGGCUCGACGAAGAAGCCUCGCGGUACUGGAAACGGAACGGCGUCGUCAUUCGCAUCCCUCGGGCGGAUGCGUGCAAGCAGCUCGACUGGCGCUUCCGUCACUUCUCGCACGCCUGGCGCAGUGACAACGGCUUUGUACUGGAUCGCUCGGACGUUGCUCCGACUGCUGGCGAAUUCGGUCGCGGCGGCGCAGACUACCAAGUCGACCACCCUGAUACGGGCCUCUUCGACUUCGAGUUCGUCCUGCAUGGCCGAGACCCACCCUCGCCGACGCGUGUGACCUCCCGGCACGUAAGGAGCGUGACCUGCGAGCUCCACCCUCCUCCGAAGCGAGAGUCUGUCGGCCACGACAGCGCAGCCUCGCCUGCCGCAUCCGCCGAAGGUCCACGGUUAGCGCCGUCUGCAGUAUGGUCUGCGACGCACAGCAGCUCCGUCGCUCAUCGGCAGGCCGAGUCCGACAUGAUGCGCCAGACCUCCCCCUCUCCCUUCCCUCCCGCCGGCCCUAACCUUCUUCCGCCACCCUCUCCGACUCCGCUUGCCGCGGCGCCGCCUCCUACUACCGCAGCGCCACCCUCCCAGAUCGACCGCUCGCAAGACCAGCCUGGCGACCCUCUCCAGCUCAGCGAUCUUCCCGCAUUUUCUUCAGCACUCUCCGCAGCUCGCCUCUCCCCGACUCAAGGGCUCGAUCUUUCUUCUCGUCCGCGCCGCCCGACAGCCACUGACUUGAAUGACUUUGAGAUGGACGUGCGCGAUCUCUUCGCUGUUGCGGCGCGAGACUAUUUCAUUACCGGUCGCGUCAAGAGCGAGCCGUUGGACGAUGCUGGAUUGUCCGUGCAGGCGGAUGUGCACGCGAAUGAGGCGAUGAGCCCCGGGGGGGCCGCGCUAGUCCCGCAGGCGUCAACCGACGAAUCGAAGAGCGCUCCUCUUUCGAAGCCUCUCGACCUGCCUCGUCCUUCUCCGGUUCCGUCUGCAGCAAACUUGUCGCAUGCGUCUACUGCAGAGUCAGCCGGCAUGCAGCCAACUCUCACAGCCGACAUCCGCCCGCACUCGACUUCGCCGCACAGCCUAGGCGCUCCCUCGCUCAUUCAACCGUCGGCGCUCGCGGCAGUGGAACAACAACCACCCUUCCCUCAAGCUGAAGCGCACCCGCACUCAGAAGCGCCGCCCACGCCCAUUGAUGGCAGAGCUCGCGUCUCACAAGCGACUCGGCAGACGCAGCCCGUCGACCUCCCUUUCAGUCUGCCUCCCUCGUCAGCCUACACACCUCAAUCCUCCCACCCUCUCGCACGCCGUCCUACUGAGCCCACCUCCCCGCGCACACCUUCGCACACAACGACUCGCCCUUUUCCCGCAAGCCCGCCUACACGCCUGACCGCGGUCAGCAACGGAUUGCCAACGCAGGGCAUGCGGCCCGCGCCGUCUAUGGCUGGAAUCCCGACUGGUCCUCGCUCGAUGGUGGCUGCAGGAACGGUGGCGGCACGGCCGCCUGGGCUGCCUGCGAAGCCGGCUUUCCGUACAGCGCUGCCGCCGCAGGAGAGGCUGUAG